UUUAAUUCGCUUUUGUUUAGUUCUCAGUGGAUGCCAACAUCUUUGUUUGCUCACAGCCACGACACACGAUCAAAUGUAAAACGAAGGACGUUUACUCUGCAUUACACACAAAUAGAAGCGAACGACUGACGGUGGAUGUUUUGAAUGUGUCCACCGCGUGACCCGAUGACUUGAGCACAACUUAACAUCGCUGUAAAGACGUGUGAGGAGGAUUGCUUUUAGUCAAAUGAAUCCAGAUGCGCUGAAUGGCCAGUCGGACAGAGGGCAUCAUCUCUGUAUUUAUAAACACACAUCCUGUCACAUAAAGAAAACUAACGGGUGGAUUAAUGCGCCCAUACCAGUGGUGCAACGUGCAAGUGAUUCAUUAAAACAUCUCCUUUUGUGUUCGGCAUAAAAGAAGUCAUAUGGGUUUGGAAAAACAUGAGGGGUGCUUCUGCAGUUUGGGACUUAUAUACUCCAUUAAGAACUGCACUAUGUCAUCAGUUACCUUCCAGGAUCUGCCUCUCAAUAUCUAUAUGGUUAUCUUCGGCACGGGUAUCUUUGUCUUCGUACUCAGCCUCAUAUUCUGCUGCUAUUUCAUAAGUAAAUUAAGACACCAAGCCCAAAGUGAACGCUUUGGAUACAGAGAGGUAAUCUUAAAAGGAGACCCCAAGAAGCUGAAUCUUCAUGGGCAGACAUGUGCCGUGUGCUUGGAGGACUUUAAGGUGAAAGAUGAGCUAGGAGUGUUGCCAUGCCAACAUGCCUUUCACAGGAGGUGUGUGGUGAAGUGGCUGGAGGUGCGCUGUGUCUGUCCCAUGUGUAAUAAACCCGUCUCUGGAUCCACCGAGCAGCACCAGAGCAUAGGCACGUUACUGGACGAGCUGGUGUAGCACUGGAUGCUUCUGGAAAAGGGACAGGACUGGCAUCAGACGUUAUGUGUGUUCCACCUCUCUGGAGAUUUUUACAUACAUAAACAGCUGGACUGUACUUCUCUGCAACUUUAUGGUCUAAUUGUGACUCUAACCUUAUGUAAAGUCAGGUUAAACCUUUAGCUCGAAGACGAAGGGGCAAGUUUUCUCAAUUCCAGAGUAAGCGAAACCUUUUCUAAAACACAGGGCCAUAGCAAGGUAAUCUGGGCCCCGUGACUGUAUGUUGCUCUGGGCCCCUUUCCUAUUAAAACAUACAGUUUAGAAUUUGUUGUGGGGCCCCCUGGACCUUUGGGCUCCUAGAAUCGUUACCAACUUUCACCCCACUAGCUAUGGCCCUGCUAAAACAUACUGUCACUGAAGAUUCUUGAAUGAAGACACUUUUAAAUACAGGAUUAGACAUUGUCUUCAAUUAGAAAACAAGCCUAUCAUCUCUCUAAUUAAUUUAUCAUUGAAUGCCAUUAGUUAAACUGAAUGGCACUAAAUAGCAUUCCAACACCUGAACGUCUGAACGCUGCAAUGGAGACAGACAGCAGCAAAGUGCACUGGGCCCAAAUAACUUUUUCACAGUGGUGUGUGUAUGUAAGAGAGAGUGCCUGUUUUGUACAGUAACCAUUUGUAGUAAUAGAUGUCUUGUCCAUUAUGGAAUGUAUGUGCACAAAUCAUCGACUGUCUUAAGAGAUUUUAAGCAAACACUACCACAGUUCUAGGACACUUAGAAAUGGACUGCCGGUGAAAACACAAGUGGCUUUCCUUUUGUAUUUCAAGUUGUUGUGUUUGUUCACUGUAACCUGGUUGCCAUUGUUACUGAAGUGUUUAGGUCAGUGUUUUCACAUGGGGAAAAAAAGCCUUUUGAUGGAAUUUGUCUUUGCAGUAUAUUUUUUUGCUUGUCUAUGACUGUGUCUGAAACUAAAGGUAGUUACCUUGGUGCUCAGUCAGUCAAUGACUUAACAGUCAACUAUUUUUAAUGAAGGUACCUCCUUUGGAAGGUGUUUUAGACAGGCUUUCAAAGCAUUAUGUCAUGUCUAAUGGUGACUGGAGCUUUUAAGCUUCAAAAAGGACACAAAAGCACCACAAAAGUUCCAUAAAAGUAGUGCAAAUGACUCUUGCUUGGAAUAGCGACUAGUAUAUUCUUCAAUAUUUUUCAUUUUGUGUUCCACUGCAGACCUGCCUUGUCUUGAAUCUGCCUUUAUUUGUCUUUUAAACAAGACACACUUUAAGCUAAACAAAGCAUUUAACGCUUCAGAAAUACCAGUUUAAUAAUGCAUGUGAUAGAACAUGACUUUUUUUCCCCUUAUAUUCCAUUAUGUUCAAGCAUCGCAGUGGUUUAAAUCACUGUCGGACAGAAUGUGUCUGUGCUCUAGAAGUCAAACUAACAUUUAAGGAUUAUUCUGCGUUCAAUACAAGUUAAGCUUAAUUAACAGCAUUUCUGGCAUAAUAUUGAUUAGCAAAAAUUUAUUUAGACUAGUCCCUCCUUUUCUUUAAAAAAAAAGCACAAAUCUGGGUUACAGUGAGGCACUUACAAUGGAAGUGAAUGGGACCAAUCCGUAAACGUUCAGAUACUCACUAUUUCAAAAGUAUAGCCACAAGACAUAAAGGAUGUGCAUGUUAACAUGAUUUUAAUGUGAUACAAUCACUUACUAACCUUUUCUGUGUAAAGUUAUAACCAAUUUUACAACUUGUUCAUGAUGAUGCAAUGUCAACAAACCCUAAAAUGACAAUUUAAACAACUUUACAGUUCAAAUAGAAUAGAACAAAAGAAUACAGUGCUUUACUUUUUCCACAUUUUGUUAUGUUACAGCCUUAUUCCAAAAAUGAUUAAAUUCAUUAUUUUCCUCAAAAUUCUACAAACAAUACCCCAUAAUGACAAUGUGAAAGAAGUUUGAAAUCUUUGCAAAUUUAUUAAAAAUAAAAAACAAAAAAAAUCACAUGUACAUAAGUAUUCACAGCCUUUGCUAUGACACUCAAAAUUGAGCUCAGGUGCAUCCUGUUUCCACUGAUCAUCCUUGAGAUGUUUCUACAACUUGAUUGGAGUCCACCUGUGGUAAAUUAAGUUGAUUGGACAUGAUUUGGAAAGACACACACCUGUCUAUAUAAGGUCCCACAGUUAACAGUGCAUGUCAGAGCACAAACCAAGCCAUGAAGUCCAAGGAAUUGUCUGUAGACCUCCGAGACAGGAUUGUAUCGAGGCACAGAUCUGGGGAAGGGUACAGAAACAUUUCUGCAGCAUUGAAGGUCCCAAUGAGCACAGUGGCCUCCAUCAUCCGUAAAUGGAAGAAGUUUGGAACCACCAGGACUCUUCCUAGAGCUGGCCGCCCGGCCAAACUGAGCGAUCGGGGGAGAAGGGCCUUAGUCAGGGAGGUGACCAAGAACCCGAUGGUCACUCUGACAGAGCUCCAGCGUUUCUCUGUGGAGAGAGGAGAACCUUCCAGAAGAACAACCAUCUCUGCAGCACUCCACCAAUCAGGCCUGUAUGGUAGAGUGGCCAGACGGAAGCCACUCCUCAGUAAAAGGCACAUGACAGCCCACCUGGAGUUUGCCAAAAGGCACCUGAAGGACUCUCAGACCAUGAGAAACAAAGAUUGAACUCUUUGGCCUGAAUGGCAAGCGUCAUGUCUGGAGGAAACCAGGCACCGCUCAUCACCUGGCCGAUACCAUCCCUACAGUGAAGCAUGGUGGUGGCAGCAUCAUGCUGUGGGGAUGUUUUUCAGCGGCAGGAACUGGGAGACUAGUCAGGAUCGAGGGAGAGAUGAAUGCAGCAAUGUACAGAGACAUCCUUGAUGAAAACCUGCUCCAGAGUGCUCUGGACCUCAGACUGGGGCAAAGGUUCAUCUUCCAAUAGGACAACGACCCUAAGCACACAGCCAAGAUAACAAAGGAGUGGCUACAGGACAACUCUGUGAAUAUCCUUGAGUGGCCCAGCCAGAGACCAGACUUGAACCCGAUUGAACAUCUCUGGAGAGAUCUGAAAAUGGCUGUGCACCGACGCUCCCCAUCCAACCUGAUGGAGCUUGAGAGGUCCUGCAAAGAAGAAUGGGAGAAACUGCCCAAAAAUAGGUGUGCCAAGCUUGUAGCAUCAUACUCAAAAAGACUUGAACAAAGUAUUGAGCAAAGGCUGUGAAUACUUAUGUACAUGUGAUUUUUUUUUUUUUUAUUUUUAAUAAAUUUGCAAAGAUUUCAAACAAACUUCUUUCACGUUGUCAUUAUGGGGUAUUGUUUGUAGAAUUUUGAGGAAAAUAAUGAAUUUAAUCCAUUUUGGAAUAAGGCUGUAACAUAACAAAAUGUGGAAAAAGUGAAGCGCUGUGAAUACUUUCCGGAUGCACUGUAGCUACAAGUGCUUUUAUAAAACUAUAAUCUUCACAUUUCUGCCUUUAAACCCUCCAAAAAUUGGCCCCAUUCACUUCCAUUGUAAGUGCCUCACUGUAACUUCAAUUUAUUUUAAGAAAAGAAGGGACGAUUCAAUUUGUGGUAAUAAUUUUGCCACAAAUGCAAUCGAUUGAGCUUAACUUGUAUUGAACCCAGAAGUAUUCCUUUAACAAGGUAAUUUCAUACAAUUUUCUUAGGAUUUUUGUUUUGGAAUAUGUAGCAACUCAAUGUAAUAACUGCACAUAAUGUAAUAAGUAUUACAUUAUUGAUGGAAUAAAAUAUUCAUAAUGUAAUAAUCUCAACUUAUAUCUUGAGCUCAUAAUGUAAUAGUUUUUAUAUUAUGAGAAUUUUAUUACAUUAUGAACUCACCAAAAACACUUAAUUAAAAUGUA